AUGAUUUUUAAUGAGGAGAAUGUAUAUAACUUGUCUCAGGCUGGCAGCUACUCUGCUACUCUGAGAGUCACCAUCAAUCAUUUAGGCUUGCUGCAAUGGAAUAUAUUGAAUGAAAGCAAUGAUGAGUGGACUACUAUGUACACAGUACCAUAUGACCCAUGUGACAACUAUGGACUGUGUCGUGCUAAUGGCAUUUGCAGGCUUUCCAGCAUGCCAGUCUGUGAGAGUUUGAAGGGGUUCACCCCCAACUCAAAAGGAGAAUGGGAAAUGCUUGAUUGGUCUAGUGGAUGUGAAAGGGCAGGGUCCUUGGAUUGCAAGAGCAAAGAUGACCUUAUGAAGGUCUUAGGGGUGAAAUUGCCUGACUUGUUGGAGUUUCGGUUGAACAAGAGUAUGAGCCUCAAGGAAUGUGAGGCAGAGUGCUUGAAGAACUGCUCCUGUGUGGCGUAUGCGAAUUCAAACAUUAAAGGUGGAAGCAGUGGUUGUUUGACCUGGUAUGGAGAUCUGAUUGAUAUUAGAGGGUUCACAGAUGGGAAAAGUGGGCAAGACCUUUAUACCAGAUGUCCAGCUGGGGAACUAGGGUCAAUCCAUGGUUCGCAUAAGAAGAAAAAACUGGUUGCUGUCCUAGUUGCAUUGACCAUUUCUGGAAUGCUAAUCUUGGGCUUGGUGUUCUGUUUUGGUGUGCUUCUGCUGGAGAUUCUGGCUGAAAUAAGUACGAUUGAUACAGAUGCAACAACAGGACGUGAAGAGUUACCUUCAGAAAAUGUAGUAACCAUCUCAGUCCCAGAAGGUAGAUAA